AUGAUUUUUGCUUGCUACUUUGGCGGCAGAAUAGAAGUAUCACUACUAGCUUUUAGUCUUAAGCAGGCAGCGGCGGUUUUCUUAGGCCAGAGUGGAGGGGUUGACAGUGAGGGUAAUGAGCUGCCACGAUUAGUCUAUGUUUCUCGUGAGAAGCGUCCGGGAUUCCAACAUCACAAGAAAGCUGGGGCUAUGAAUGCACUAGUUCGUGUGUCAGCAGUCCUUACAAAUGGACCGUUCUUGUUGAAUCUUGAUUGUGAUCACUACAUAAAUAACAGCAAGGCAUUGAGAGAAGCAAUGUGUUUUCUAAUGGAUCCAAACCUUGGAAAAUAUGUCUGUUAUGUUCAGUUUCCACAGAGGUUUGAUGGUAUUGAUAGGAAUGACCGAUAUGCUAACCGUAACACUGUUUUCUUUGAUAUAAACUUGAGAGGUCUUGAUGGCGUUCAAGGCCCUGUUUAUGUGGGUACUGGAUGUGUCUUCAAUAGGACAGCUCUGUAUGGUUACGAGCCUCCUCUCAAACCUAAACACAAAAAACCAGGGUUUCUCUCUUCAUUGUGCGGUGGAUCACGAAAGAAAAAUUCUAAAUCAAGUAAGAAGGGUUUGGGCAAAAAGAAAUCUGGCAAGCAUGUUGACCCUGCUGUGCCAAUAUUCAGUUUGGAGGAUAUAGAGGAAGGGGUGGAAGGUACUGGGUUUGAUGAUGAGAAGUCAUUGCUUAUGUCACAAAUGAGCCUCGAGAAAAGAUUUGGUCAAUCUGCCGUUUUUGUGGCAUCCACGCUUAUGGAGAAUGGUGGUGUUCCUCAAUCUGCAACGCCAGAAAAUCUUCUUAAAGAGGCUAUCCAUGUUAUCAGUUGUGGGUACGAGGAUAAAGCGGAAUGGGGAAGUGAGAUUGGAUGGAUCUAUGGUUCUGUCACAGAAGAUAUUCUUACAGGAUUCAAGAUGCAUGCUCGCGGUUGGCGAUCAAUUUAUUGCAUGCCUAAGCGACCAGCUUUUAAGGGGUCUGCUCCUAUUAAUCUUUCUGAUCGUCUGAACCAAGUGCUUCGGUGGGCUUUGGGUUCUGUGGAAAUUCUUUUCAGUCGGCAUUGCCCAGUAUGGUAUGGUUAUGGAGGAAGGCUAAAAUGGCUCGAAAGGUUUGCGUAUAUAAACACAACCAUUUACCCGAUUACUGCCAUUCCUCUUCUUCUUUAUUGUACUUUGCCAGCUGUGUGCCUACUUACUGGAAAGUUCAUUAUUCCACAGAUUAGUAACUUUGCAAGUAUCUGGUUUAUAUCUCUCUUUCUUUCCAUCUUUGCCACCGGUAUUCUCGAGAUGAGAUGGAGCGGUGUAGGCAUUGACGAAUGGUGGAGGAAUGAACAGUUUUGGGUCAUUGGUGGUGUUUCGGCCCAUCUUUUUGCUCUUUUCCAAGGUCUUCUUAAAGUGCUUGCUGGAAUUGACACCAACUUCACUGUCACAUCCAAGGCGUCAGAUGAGGAUGGAGAUUUUGCCGAACUGUACUUGUUUAAAUGGACAGCUCUCCUUAUUCCACCAACUACCCUUCUCAUAGUAAACUUGGUGGGUGUUGUUGCUGGGAUUUCCUACGCCAUUAACAGUGGUUACCAGUCAUGGGGUCCACUCUUUGGCAAACUGUUCUUUGCCUUUUGGGUCAUUGUUCAUCUCUAUCCCUUCCUCAAAGGGCUGAUGGGGCGCCAGAACCGGACACCCACCAUUGUUGUCGUAUGGUCCAUUCUCCUUGCUUCUAUUUUCUCAUUGUUAUGGGUGCGAGUUGAUCCCUUUACGACUAACGUCACUGGGCCUGAUGUUGAGGAGUGUGGUAUCAACUGCUAAGCGAGAACACAACCAGGGAUCUGGUUUGUUCAAUCGGGAUUUCAUGUUUGGAGCUGAAGUUGAAAGACACCAACUAAUGUGAUUCUCUUCAGCUAGUUUUUGUAUCCAGUUGGGUGUGAACCAAGUUGUCUAUGUAAAGCCUACAUCUUUGUGCAGAAAAUAGUAAAAAUGUUUCACUCCUUUUGUUGUUCCCAACAUUUAUCAUAAACACAACCCUGUGGUUUACAUAGUUUGUAACUAGAGUGGACCAAUUUUGUUAGUUUGUAACUAGAGUACACUUAUUCAUUUCAUAUGUGUCCAAUGUACACCACUCUACAUAUUAUCUAUUAAUUUAUUUUUUUCAGUAAUUUCCUUUUUUUUAUCCCCCCUGUACUGUAAUGAGUAGCUGUUGGAUUGAAUGGAAUAGCA